GGUCACAUCUGAGGCCGUGUUUGAUAACAUUGAGGAUCCUAAACACCGAGGACGGCUGUUUUGAUUCAGUUACUAGCGGGUUCUUUUCAAGAAACCAGCAGAGGUCUACAGCAUUUUAAUACAUCUACAACAUUAAAGCAGAUCCCUCUUUCUCUGCAUCCAGUGCUUCUCCAGUGUUUCUGCUGUCACGGUGAUGUCAGCAGCCUGUCUCAUACGCCUGGCAAGGUGCAGUGGUCCUCAAGUGGGACGUAGUGGUCUUUUACAGAGGGGCCUACUCCCACUACCAUUCCAGCAGGACAGCCACCUCCACUUCACCCAGAGACAGCUUUACACCCCUUCAGGAAAACGGUACAGCAACACACGCUUUGAUUCAGACGGCAGUGGAACCCCAACUACUUGGGAUUCAUUUGGCAUCUGGGACGAUCGUAUCGAUGAGCCAAUUCUGCUGCCUUCCAGCAUCCGCUACGGCAAGCCCAUUCCCAAAGUCAGUUUAUCGAAGGUAGGCUGUGCCUCGCUCAUCGGGCAACGCAAGGAGAAUGAAGACCGCUACCAGGUCUCCCAAAUGACCGACAGCAUCCUCUACUUUGCUGUGUUUGAUGGACAUGGCGGGCCAGAAGCGGCAGAUUUUUGUCUAAAAUACAUGGAGAAAUACAUCAAGGACCUUGUGACAGAGGAGUCUGAUCUGGAAGUAGUUAUAACGAAGGCCUUCCUUGAAAUAGACAAAGCUCUUGCAAGGCACUUGCACUUCUCUCCAAGUGUGAAUGCAGGCACCACCUCCACCGUGGCCCUGCUGAGGGACGGCAUCGAGCUGGUGGUGGGCAGUGUGGGUGACAGCCGCGCCAUGCUGUGCCGCAAGGGCAAGGCCGUUAAACUCACUGUCGACCACACUCCUGAGAGGAAGGACGAGAAAGAGAGGAUAAAGAAAAGUGGAGGUUUUAUCACCUGGAAUAGUCUGGGACAGUCGAACGUUAACGGCAGGCUGGCCAUGACGCGCAGCAUCGGAGACUUUGACCUGAAGAACACCGGGGUCAUUGCUGAGCCGGAAACCAAAAGGAUGACGUUGCACCAUGCCCACGACUCUUUCCUGGCGCUGACCACAGACGGUGUUAACUUCAUCAUGAACAGUCAGGAGAUCUGCAACGUAAUCAAUCAAUGCCACGACCCCAAAGAAGCCGCUCAGAGAAUCUCUGACCAGGCCCUGCAGUACGGCUCAGAGGACAACAGCACGGUCAUCGUGGUGCCCUUCGGAGCCUGGGGGCGGCACAAGAGCUCGGGCCCCAGCUUCUCCUUCAGCCGGAGCGUGGUGUCCAGCGGGCGCUGGGCGUAGUCAGGUUGGGGUCUGCGGAUCUGGUCAAUGUGUGCAAUACAAUCCAACAACAGUACCCUUGUGGAAAUAUUAUAAAAAGUGUGGUUUGCCCUAAAAAAUGUAUACAAUAGGGUAACUUAAUAUUAUUUAGAGUAGCAUGAUGUGAGCCUCCUGUCCUUAGAGGCAGUAUUCAUGAAGUGCACUAAAUGAAAAACAUCCUCUUUAUAAAAGGUUUUAUCUCACGCAGGCCAAUGACCUUAUAGACGCUGAAAGCUAAGAAGAGUUUGAGUGGCAGACAGGAGUUCCCGAUGACCUGACAGCCGUCUCCUGUAUUUAUUUCGCCUGAUCUGAAUUACCUGAGAUUUGAAGACUGCUAUCCUGUCAGUCUUUUAAAUUGUUUUAGCUAUAAUGCCCAAGUUUGCACUUUUUAUUUUCACAGUUAAUUUGCAAUUUAAACAAAAAAAAGUGCUUCUGAUUGUACCAGCUGUUUUUAAAGCCAGCAGUCUUUCUGUUUCUCAGUGUGAAGGGAUUGGACUACAUGCACAGAUAAGGAAAAUACAAUAAUGGAACUGCAUUUUAGGGAUGCAUGAUAUGGAUCGUUUAUCAAUAACCGAUAAAUACCUGCUUCUCACCGCAAAUGCUCAUAACCCAAGCAAUAUUUCUGGUAUUGUAAAAAAAGCAGGUUUUGCACACCUGAGGAUAAGAGAGGCUAAG